AUGCUUGGCAACCGCAACGACCGAUAUUUGUCUACAAGGGAAUACUGGAAUUUGAGUGAUGAAGCAAGAAACAAAUAUAUUCAAAGUAUAUUUGAGGAAGCGACUCAAGAUGAGGACCUUGAAGUGGACCCUGUGGAAGACCAAAAUGAAGAAAAUGUGUCCUAUACUGGCGAAGUUUCGGAAUCAGAGAAUGAAGAUGUGAAUGUUGACAACGCAAACGAAAUUGCAGCUGCUAUUGACGCACCACAGGAAAUUUUCUUUGAUGACGAAAGUGAAGAUGAUGAUAUGCAAGAAGAUGCACCAACAACAAACCCAGCAGACUACAUGACUGCACGUGACGGCACACAAUGGCAGCGAACACCACGUAGUUGCCAACAAGUGAGAAGCCACAAUAUAUUCAGAGACCGCUGUGGUCCAGCGCGGAUUACUGAAAAUAUGACGCCUUUGCAGUGUUUCAAAUCAUACCUCACAGUGGAAAUGGUGGAUAUAAUAGUGCGCCACACAAAUAGAAAAGCGCAUGCCACAUAUAAUGCGUACAAUGAAGCGAAUCCCAAUAGACGUCAGUUGAAGUGGAAAGACACGACAAUCAACGAAAUUUAUGCGUUCAUUGGAAUGAACUUGAUGGCUGGCACAAAUCAUUCUAAUGACGAAAACGCAAGAGAUUUGUGGACGUCACAGGCUCACCCAAUAUUCCGCGCCACCAUGGGAAUAAACAGGUUUUUCGAUUUGCUGCGUUUUAUGCGGUUUGACGACCCCAGAACACGGGUAGAGCGGCAGCAUCAAGACAAAGCGGCGCCAAUUCGCGAUAUUUGGAUAAUGAUCAAUGCAAAUCUUGCCAGAUAUUAUGUGCCAUCAGAAUAUUUGGCCAUUGAUGAACAAUUAUAUCCAUACCGUGGUAGAACCAAAUUCACACAAUAUAUACCCUCGAAGCCAGCAAAAUAUGGUAUAAAAGUAUGGUGGAUUUGCGAUGCCAAAAAAUCAUAUCCACUUCAUGGCCAAAUAUAUACUGGCAAACAAGAAACUGGUCGUGAAGUUGGUGUUGGCGAAAGAGUGGUGAGAGAUUUAGUUGGGCCAUACUACGGUAGCGGACGAAAUAUCACCAUGGAUAAUUUUUUUACGACGCUGCCGUUGGCUAGGCAACUAAAAGUAGAAAAGCUCAGCAUUGUGGGUACACUCCGCCGCAACAAAGCUUACAUCCCUGCGGAGAUGAAAGAAGACAAAAAAAAGACGUUGGUUCAAGUUUAUUUGGCUUCCACGACAACGUAA